CUAGUAAUGACAUUUUUGACAUCCAGAUACUUGAGGUUGUUUUUAUUAUUUUUAGGUUCAGCAGUCAGCUAUAAGUUUUUCAAGUAUUUAUUAAUCGUUUGAUAAUGUCUUUUCUAUCCUAUGCACCAGUCAUUUUAAGAAGGGCAUCUAAACUGGGAUAUUCUAUAAAUAGAAUUCCCAUUAUAAAAAGAAAUGAAAAAUCCUUCAGUUCUGUUACAAAAACAAUUCACGAUGUUAAUACAAAUGUAGCUAAAGAUGUAAUAUUAUAUAAAUAUGAAAAUCCCAAGUAUUAUAUGUACAUGAAUAUAUUUGCUGUCGUACAAUACAUGUUUUGGACGUACCUAGGUUUAUUUGCAUUACAAAACUUGAGGGAUGCUCCGGUCGAUCGGUCGAAGAUCACGGAUGAAACUCCGUGGUACAGGAAGAUAAAUUUAGGUGAUAAUAAAUAUAGAAAUACCUUAGGAGCAGUCUCAAUUAUAAUUGGAACUGGAUCAUUAGCUAUGAUAUGGAUGUACACACUGAAGUCUGUAAGAUUUCUAAUUCUCAACAAAGGCGGACAUCACCUUACAUUUGUUACUUAUGCACCAUUCGGUAAUAAUAGGAUUAUGAAAGUUCCUAUUCAAAAUGUAUGUUGUAUGGAAAGCCGUAAAAUUGCUAAAGUGCAGUUACCAUUAAAAGUUAAAAAUACUCUAAUGUAUUAUAUGCUUGAUAUGCGUGGUGAAUUUAGAAAUCCUUUGUUAUUUGAUUGUACUGCUGGCUUAAAGAGAGUGUGGUAAAAGUAUUGUUUGCGUAAACAGAGUUUUAUUUAUUACAUAUUAAUGUCAUGAUCAAAUGCAGUUUGUGUUAAUAAUUGUCAAUUCUCAAAUGUAAAUAAAGUUAUUUAAAUUUA